AUGCACAAGUGGGGUUCAGACGAGCGGAUAUCGCGUCUUCUCUCUAUCACCCCCCUCUCUCUCUUCUCUUUUUUGUUUCCUUCUUUUGUUUCUUUCUGUCUCAUCUGUUCAUUAUCUAUCUAUCUAUCUAUCUAUCUAUCUAUCUAUCUAUCUAUCUAUCUAUCUAUCUUAUAUUUCCUUACUAGCUAUCUAUCUAUCUAUCUAUCUAUGUAUCUAUCUAUCUUAUAUUUCCUUACUGGCUAUAUACCUAUCUAUAUAUAUUUUUUAUCUAUCUAUCUAUCUAUCUAUCUAUCUAUCUAUCUUUCUUUCUUUCUUAUAUUUCCUUACUAUCUAUCUAUCUAUCUAUCUAUCUAUCUAUCUAUCUAUCUAUCCUUAGUAUGUAUCUAUCUUAGUCUGUUCAUUAUCUAUCUAUCUAUCUAUCUAUCUAUCUAUCUAUCUAUCUAUCUUCCAAAUUGUUUUUUUUAG